GGGGCUGGCCGGGCGACCGGGCCGUGCAGGGCUCGGAGCCGGCCAAGCGCUGCUGAGACCCGGCUCUGCGCGUCCAGGGACGGCUGAUGCCCGCCGCGCUCCCCACUCCGCUGUCGCAACCGGGCCGCAUCUGGACGGGGCGUCGCGCGGCGGGACCGACGCCGGGCCAUGAUGCUACUUGGGGCCUCUGUGGUGGGGGUGCUGCUCUUCUCCAAGCUGGUGCUGAAACUGCCCUGGACCCAGGUGGGGUUCUCCUUGCUGCUCCUCUAUUUGGGCUCUGGCGGCUGGCGCUUCAUCCGGGUCUUCAUCAAGACCGUCAGGCGUGAUGUCUUCGGCGGCCUGGUGCUCCUGAAGGUGAAGUCAAAGGUACGACGGUACCUGCGGGAAAAGCGGACAGUGCCCAUUUUGUUUGCCUCUACGGUACAGCGCCACCCCGACAAGACAGCCCUGAUCUUCGAGGGUACAGACACCCAUUGGACCUUCCGCCAGCUGGAUGACUACUCGAACAGCGUGGCCAACUUCCUGCAGGCCCGGGGCCUGGCCUCAGGCGAUGUGGCUGCCAUCUUCAUGGAGAACCGCAACGAGUUCGUGGGCCUGUGGCUGGGCAUGGCCAAGCUGGGUGUGGAGGCGGCACUCAUCAACACCAACCUCCGGCGGGAUGCCCUGUGCCAUUGCCUCACCACCUCUCGGGCACAGGCCCUUAUCUUUGGCAGCGAGAUGGCCCCAGCUGUCUGUGAGAUCCAUGCCAGCCUGGACACCUCACUCAGCCUCUUCUGCUCUGGCUCCUGGGAGCCCAGCGCCAUGCCCUCUGGCACAGAGCACCUGGACCCUCUGCUGAAAGAUGCCCCCAAGUACUUGCCCAGUCGCCCUGACAAGGGCUUCACAGAUAAGCUCUUCUACAUCUACACGUCAGGCACUACAGGGCUGCCCAAAGCUGCCAUCGUGGUGCAUAGCAGGUAUUACCGCAUGGCUGCCCUGGUGUACUAUGGGUUCCGCAUGAGGCCCAACGACAUUGUGUAUGACUGCCUACCCCUCUACCACUCAGCAGGAAACAUCGUGGGAAUCGGACAGUGCCUGCUCCAUGGCAUGACGGUGGUGAUACGGAAGAAGUUCUCAGCCUCCCGGUUCUGGGAUGACUGUAUCAAGUACAACUGCACAAUUGUGCAGUACAUUGGCGAGCUGUGCCGCUACCUCCUGAACCAGCCAUCCCGGGAGGCAGAAAAGCAGCACCAGGUGCGCAUGGCACUGGGCAAUGGCCUCCGGCAAUCCAUCUGGACCAACUUUUCCAGCCGCUUCAACAUACCCCAGGUGGCUGAGUUCUACGGGGCCACUGAGUGCAACUGCAGCCUGGGCAACUUCGACAGCCAGGUGGGGGCCUGUGGCUUCAACAGCCGUAUCCUGUCCUUCGUGUAUCCCAUCCGGCUGGUACGUGUCAAUGAGGACACCAUGGAGCUGAUCCGGGGGCCUGAUGGUGUCUGCAUUCCCUGCCAGCCAGGUGAGCCAGGCCAGCUGGUGGGCCGCAUCAUCCAGCAAGACCCCCUGCGCCGGUUUGACGGCUACCUCAACCAUGGCGCCAACAACAAGAAGAUUGCCAAGGACGUCUUCAAGAAGGGGGACCAGGCCUACCUCACCGGUGAUGUGCUGGUGAUGGACGAGCUGGGCUACCUGUACUUCCGAGACCGCACGGGGGACACGUUCCGCUGGAAGGGCGAGAAUGUGUCUACCACUGAGGUGGAGGGUACCCUCAGCCGUCUGCUGGACAUGGCUGAUGUGGCGGUAUAUGGCGUCGAGGUGCCAGGAACCGAGGGCCGGGCCGGAAUGGCUGCUGUGGCCAGCCCCACUCGCAGCUGGGACCUGGGGCACUUUGCACAGGUCUUGGAGAAGGAGCUGCCCCUGUAUGCCCGCCCCAUCUUCCUGCGCUUCCUGCCCAAGCUGCACAAAACAGGGACCUACAAGUUCCAGAAGACAGAGCUGAGGAAGGAGGGCUUUGACCCAGCUGUCGUGAAAGACCCACUGUUCUACCUGGACGCCCGGAAGGGCUGCUACAUCCCACUGGACCAAGAGGCCUACACCCGCAUCCAGGCAGGCGAGGAGAAACUGUGAUUUGCCCUCCAUGUCCCUCUGAGAGCCAGCGGAUGCUGGAUCCAAAGCCCCAGUUUCCACCCCAGAGGGGUCCUGGGUGAUGCAAGACCAAAGCAAGCAGGUCCUGGCACCUACAUCCCAAGGUGCUGACCCCUCCCUCCGAAACUGCCAAGUGACUCACUGCCACCUCCCCCACCCCCUGAGAGGCUUUCUGUGAAAGCCUCAUGUCCAAGUCAUGUCUUCUGGGCCAGGCAGGGCUUCUGGGCUCCAACCUGAGACCGACGGGGCACCCUCAGAAUGAUGUCUUGGAUCAGGGCAAGGGGAGGUGGAGAGAUUACCAAGCUCUCCACAGAAUGCAGGGAGCUUGUAAAUGGGACCAGGGCAGAAGUCCCCAGACUCAGGAAGUCAACAGGGCGUGCAAGGGUCAUAGUGGCCAUGGAUCAUGUGGCUGAAGAUGAUCUUGGUCCCAGAACUACCCAAGUGUCACUCAGCCCUGCCCACACCUCCAGGAAAGGAGGAGGAAGACCCAACAGGGCCCCUGAUGCUCCACCUGCAGCAGGAGAUCAGGACAGAGCCCCCCAUGUCUCUCCCCUCUCUCCCAUCCUCCUCUUCCUGGGUGGCUAUCUGGCUGUCCCUCAGGCAGGGCCAUUCUCUUUUUGUGGGUUUGUCUGUGUCACCUCCAUCUCAGUCCUGGCUUGGCUAUGAGAGGAGGAGGGAUAAGGGAGGGGACACUCAGGGGCCAAUAAACUGCCUUUACUCCUCCUA